CCCCACUUCAGCUCAAUCUUAAUCGUCAUGUCGAUGACCAACGCAAUCACUAUCAGGCAUCCGUCACAAUCUUAUAGCCCUCUACUCAGAAAAAACGACAGGCAGGGCAAGUCUACAAAGGCUUUCGAACCGUACAAUCAGCCUUCAAACAGGUUACCAGUGAGCCGGGGGAGAACACCAGUGACCAAGGACACUUCUGCAUCUCAAGCCCCUCCCCUUGAGGUCGAUCUAAGCUUGACCAAGCCUCCUGUUGCUGGACAACACAAGGUUCUUGGCUUUGUCUCACAAUCGAAUUGUGAGACAGACUGCAAGGUAUUAUUUCGGGAUAUCAGUCAAGCAGAUUACGAUUAUAUAUCUCGCAAGAUUGAAGACUGCGGUGCAAAACCAAGGUUAGAAUACAGCUGCGAUACUCGUACCCUUGUUGUUGAGAUGCAUUCCCCCGUACACAAGGCCAUUAUCAAGGUUAUCAGCAAAGGAUUGGAACACCUAGACCAGAUUCUGCAGGAAUACAUCACCAGGGAUCUAUUGUCCUUGGACACCCACACUAACUUAACGAUCGACGGGGACUCAGUGAAAUGCAUCCCCGAUAUCCUCCACAUGUCAAGAGCUGACCUAAUACAGUGCCUCAGAGACAGGGUCAAGGCAUUCCCGGAUGUUGGAUUGCUCUUCAUGGCUGAAGUCCAGGAACGGAUCCCCUACAGCGCACCCGCACGCUCGAGUCAUGUGUGGAAAAAGCUACAAAAAGAGGAGAAAGUUCGUUCCUACACCACCUUCCUUUCCAACCGCACCGGGCCAAGAUCACUCAAUAAACCCACCGAGAUUACGGUUGAACGGCACAUCUGGCAUGCGAUGUCAAGCGUACAUCUUCAGGUCUGGGUGCAAGACUGUGACGGGCAAAUCAACAUAGACAUGCAGAAUCCAGACCUCACGACACGUGGCGAAUUAUUUCCAAACACUUCAAUGGGCAAUGUCACGCUCAUGAUAGAAAAGGGACUGUCCCGAAUGAGGGACUGGUAUGCGCAUUUAUUGCAACAGGUUAGCCCAAAUGUCGAUGUUUCGGCUCUGAUGCACGCACCUGUCACUCUCCCUUUUGGAUGGGAUGAGAUGCUUCACAAGCUUGCCCUUGCAAGCAUGUCGAUGGCCUACUGAUCGGUACAGAAGUUGGUAUAGUACGGUGGCAACUAGUAGAAGGGGUGUCAAGUGCAAGGCAGCUGAAGCAUUCGAUGCAGGAGCCAAGCGCAUGACAGAUGAAGCAUUCAAUUCUGGAACAUCGAGGAACACAUGUUCCUGCACGCGUGCUCGCACUGCCGCUGUACUUGUCCUGGGGCCAGAGCUUGCCAUAAUAUAAUAGCAACAGGUACUAGAUGCCUGCCGCUAAGUCACCUUGAUACUCAUUGUUACUUAGUCCCACCAUCAGCAUUUAUCCUCACCUUGUACUCAAGUAUGCCAUCUUCAGAUACCCUUCAGUAUGAUGUAUCAUCACAUUGUACUCGUCCAUGAGGAUUUCUUCAAUUGAUACAAUAGUUGUACCAGCCUUUUGGCAUUGGCACAAGACAUUCUAAACAUCACGCUCCACCUGAUUAAGAUGAACCCGCCUCCAUGAUUCUGUCUAUGAAAUGUAUUAA